AUGCUACACUAUGUUCUUUAAUUUAAUUGUGGUUAGAUCUUAAAAAGAUUUUAUAUUUUGCGAGAAGGAACAUUAAACUUUACAGCAUUUUUCAGGUUAUAAAUUUUUGGUUUAUUCACUCCUGUAGUUAUUUUUAAAUUAUUAUAUAUUGUUUUAUUUGAAUUUCUAUCCCAUUAUGCAUUUAUAUCUUAAUAUUUUCAAUAAAGAAGUCUUUAUUUGAUUAUUGGAUUCUUCGAAAUGAAAUGA